UCGCUUACCUCACAGCGCACCUCUCUUCUCUCCUCUGGCCUCCUCUGCUCUGCUCCUUGCACGCGAAGACGUAAGCAUAGCAUCGACACGGAUCCAAGCGUCCAUGACAAAGGUGCACCCGAACGCCGCUGCAGCGGCGAAGGCGGCGGCUGCUGCUCCGGUGGUUGGAGAGGAGAAGAGGGAAGCGGUGUCGCUGACGGUGUGGCGGCGGUCUCUGCUGUUCAACGGCAAGGGGUUCACCGUAUUCGACUGCAAGGGAAAUCUUGUUUACCGCGUCGAAUCCUACACCGGCGGCUCGCCCCGUGAGAUCGUCCUCAUGGACGCUGACGGCCACGGCCUCGUCACCAUCCGCCGCAAGAAGCUGAGCUUGGCGGACGAGUGGCUCAUCUACGACGGCGACGCAGCAGCAUCACCGAUGACCGCCACCCCGCCCAAGCGGUUCACGGCGCGGCGGCACGUGAGCCUGCGCUCGACCAGGUCGCUUGCGCACCUGUCCCCGGUCCGCCCGCUGGUGUGCGGGGACGCAGGAGCCGCGCCCAGCUGCCGGUACGACGUGGAGGGCUCGUACGUCGGGCGCAGCCUCGACGUGUUCGCCUCCACCGGCUCCGGCGGCGAGCAGCGGCGACGCGUGGCUGCGGUGCGCCCGAAGGAGGCCGCAGUCGGGCCGGACGUAUUCCGUCUAGUGGUGGAGCCGGGCUUCGACCCGGCGCUCGCCAUGGCCGUCGUCAUCCUCCUCGAGCAGAUGCACGCAUCUUAAAGCUGCCUUCAAGGCCUGCGCAGGAAUCUUACCGCACCAUAUGCAACGGCGGUGCACCGCGGGAAGCAUGCUUUGUGUACAAAGCAUCCUCUGAUUGCUUCAGAGAUUAACGCACCCCCUUUUUUAUGCUUCUAGUUAAUGGCUCAACACUCAUGAGCAGAGAUGACUGAUGGAAGCAUUUGUUUAUGGGUGCGAUGCUUUUAUGUUUUUCCGGGUUCAGGAUUUAGGGUCAGAGAUGUACUUGGUAUGGCGGCCAUACAAAGGUGUAAUAUAUGCGCCAGGUUUUUUGUUUUUCCUUGACGAAAUAAAUCUGCGCAUUUAGGAAACGAUAGAUGUAUUGGACAGGUAAUCCAAACCUCAAAGUCACCAUAUGGUAUGGGUGUAUAUGUACAUAUAUUGUCAAAUCUUUUUGUUUCCUUCAAUGGAAAUUGUGUUGGUUUUAUGAUA